AUGAGUGAUAAGGAUGAACAAAUUGAAAAAUGUCAGAAACUUUGUAAAGCAUUAUAUAUAUUAAAAGAAAAAUCGGAUAUUCUUAGUUAUAAAUGUAAUAGAUCAUACUCAAAAAAUUAUGGCGAAAAUUUAGAUUUGAUAAUUGAAUUUGAAAUACCUAAUGAAUUAUCAAUAGAUUUUGAUAUUCCUUCUUUUAUUAAUAAGACAUCAAAAAACUCAAACUUAUCAAUUUAUAAUGGUAAUACUUCAACAGAUAAGUCAAAGUCAACAAUGACAGAUUCAUCAUAUUAUUCAUCUACCAUGUGUACAUCAUUAAAAUCACCUUUAGUUUCUUUUACUAUUUAUAAUGGUCCAAAAUGCAAAGAAAAUUAUAAGUACCAAGCUUUAGAUACAUACAUUAUUCCAUCUGAAGAUGAAAAUGUUGAAAUUGACAUUUAUCUUAAGUCAUUCAGAUAUGAUAAAAUAAAAAAAGGGAUUCUUGAAAAAAUUACAAUUGAAAUUAAUCCAUAUAAAAUAACAUUAAAAGAUAUUAUUAGAAUACUUCUUCCAAAUAAGAAAAUUACAAAUGUUAUUCAUGAUGGUGUAUCAUUUAUUAGAAAAGAUUUUGAUUAUCUUAAAGGUUUCAAGGAAGAAAGAUGGAUAUUAUGUUGUGUCUAUCAAUUAGACAUGCCGAUAGCCAAAAUUUAUGGAUUGACAAUUAAAAAAGAUUUUAAAAUGAGUUUUAUUAUAAAUGAUGUAUUAAGAUUUUAA